AUUUUUAAACGCUCCUCCACCCAGGGUUAAAAGCGGGUUUUAGGAAGGAACACGUGAUUAAGCGCAGCCUAAAAGACCCAUACAAUUUUCUAUUAAAACCAGUACAAUUCCCUUUUAUAUCUGUGAUGGUGUCUAUUGUUUUUAGCAGACAGUGAACAUAAUAGUGAUUGGUGACUUGUAUAGCAACACCCAUCAGAAUAAUCUAAAUCGGAAAGAAUGUGGACUUCUGCUGACGUACAAUAGGUAUUGUUCGUAGCACAACUGUAGGCAAGUUCAGAUUGGAUGGAGCUCUGAAUCCGUUACCGUGUGUGCAACUCCUCCCUCCGCCCGUCCGACCUUUGAGAUCUCCGUCUUUAUCAUCAUGGCUCCGGCGGCGGACAGACCGGGCUACUGGGGCACGCCGACCUCAACCCUCGACUGGUGUGAGGAGAAUUAUGUGGUCUCGUAUUACAUCGCGGAAUUCUGGAACACGGUCAGUAACCUGAUUAUGAUCAUCCCUCCCAUUUUUGGAGCCAUUCAGACGUUUAGAGAUGGACUGGAAACACGCUACGCAUGGUCAUUUUUAGGACUUGCCGCUGUUGGCAUUGGCUCAUGGAGUUUCCACAUGACAUUACAGUAUGAAAUGCAGUUGCUGGACGAGCUGCCGAUGAUCUGCAUCUGCUGCGUUUUCGUCUACUGCCUAUACGAAUGCUUCAAGCAAGAAGGUGUGGUUAACUAUCUCUCGAUAGGACUUUUACUGACCUUCAGUAUUAGUGUUAGUGUGAUUUACCUGCUAUGGAAAGAGCCGGUAUUUCAUCAGGUCAUGUAUGCCGUACUGGUGGCUUUCUUGGUGAUACGGUCUGUUUUUAUAGUCACAUGGGUCUAUCCUUGGCUCAGAGCCCUCUGCUUUUCAUCUUUAGGUGUCUUUCUGCUUGGAUUCAUAUUAUGGAACAUUGAUAAUGUCAUGUGUGAUUCUCUCAGAGCCACACGGCACCAACUGCCCCCCGUCAUUGGGGCAGUUACACAGCUCCACGCAUGGUGGCAUAUCCUAACAGGUUUUGGGUCAUAUUUACACAUACUUCUCAGCCUACAGAUUCGAUUGACCUACCUCAAGCACAGACCAAAAGUUAAGUUUUUAUGUGGCGUUUGGCCGGUGCUACACAUUGAAUCCCAGAAGACGAGUUGAAAAGGAAAGGAGAGGAGGACCAAUCAGAGACCUCAUACAGACAAGAAGUCCAGC